AACCAACCUCAUAUCCAUAAACCCUAAUUUAAUAACGACCCCAUCCAUUUAACUCCUCAACCACAAAUCUCACCUAUACUUCCAACUACCUCACUCUUGUUUUUUCACUUGCCUUUAUUACGAUCUCCACUUCCAUCCUUAUCGUCAUAACUUCUGUUCCACUGAUCGUUUUCACCAUGGAAACAAUGAACAUGGUCUCAAUAGUUGUUUAAUUGGCAAUGGGGGGAACAUGGCUCUUGAGUAUGAUCCACAUAAAAGCACGAGGAAACAAUUUCAUUUCGAUGGAUCAUCCAUCCGCAAGAAAAAGAGGAAUACAAGAUGGGGACGUUAAUGCUAAAUCAAAAACUUGUCAUGGAAGAAGAAUAUGUAUCUCCAACUUAUUCAUUAGUUGAUCAUUUGACUAGUUGAAGUUUAACGAUUUAUAUAUGUUCACAUUUCGUUAUCAAAACGAUAUAGACACUUAUUAUUGAAUUUUGUCUAACACAUAAAACUAAGAUAAAAACGUUGGUCGAAAAGUAUACUUUUUUUUUGCUUAACUGGAGGCCAAAGGCCAAGAAGAGAGAGAUACAAGCAGACUGGGAGGGGGGGGAAAUAGAGGAGACUACAAUGUUGCGCUCAAAACUGACACCCAUCACGUCGUCUCUGAUAAUCGAGGUUAGCCCAGAAGGCGGGUCCGCCAAUUCAUACAUACCGUAGGGAUAGACGAGACUGUGCUUCGAGAGCCAGUCCGCGGCUCUAUUCCCUUCUCGAUAUGUAUGAACUAUGCGUACCAACCAAUCUUGGCAAAGUUUCAUGCGAAUUGCUGCCAAAAGAGUAGAGUGCGGAUGGAGAGGAUCAUGUCUAUGCUUAAGGAGCUGGAUAGCAAGCUCCGAAUCCGACUGGACCAUGAUGGAUCGAUACCCUGUAUUCCAUGCCAGCUCUAUCCCAUGAAGAAAAGCCCAGAGUUCGGCCAAAAUAGCUGUAGCGUGGCCAAUGUUCGCAACAAACCCACCCAACCAUCUACCAUUAUCAUCCCGCAGGAGACCCCCUGCACCUGAAGCCCCAGGAUUACCAUUGGACGCACCAUCGAUGUUAAGUGCCACCCAUCCAUGGCGAGGAGGAAGCCACCUCACAUCGGUAAGUGUCCGUUGUGGACCAAUUCUUCUGCCUCCUGGGAUCGGUGUGUCGGGAGCAAGAGAGAAGGAGCAGUAAGGGCAUCGCUCAUACCCUUGUGCGUCGCCGUCGACCUGUUCUUCCAAAGAAGCCACACUGCCAUGCUAAAGAAAGAGUGCCACGGGAUGCCCAUCGUGUCAUCAUCGGUCUCCGCCAGGUUCCUUCGUAACCAAAGGGAGACAUCGCUGCUGAAGAAAGCUUCUUGUUUCUGCACAGGGACUGUCCGUGACCAAAAGAAGGCUGCCGGGGCACAAUCUCUAAGGACGUGCAGGAUGGUCUCUUGUUGGCCCUAGCACUGACAACAAUCGGGAUUUGGAGCAAUUUUCCUAUAGCACAGAAUCGAGUUGGUGGCGAUCUUCCCCGAUAAAACCAACCACAUAAAGGUGCUAAUCCUCU